CGCCCAGCCCUGCAUGGGCGUGAGGCCCAUGGCCCCUGGGCAAGAAGCCUGGCCUUCACUGCACCCUGCCUCCCCAGCCUCCUGGAGGAUCCUGUGUAACUCUUUGCUUUCUUGAGGAGAACAGGUUGCUUUGGAAAGACAGUCCUUGGGGGCUCGGGCUGAGGUCAUCCACACUGGAGUGGCAGGGAUCCUGGCUCGGAAAGGGAGAGAGUAUUUUACAUGAGACUCUUGGCCCAGAGGGGCAGAGUGGUAGAUGGCUUGCAUCAGAAACCUCCCUGGCUGGGUGGGUCCCCCAUUCCUGGCACGCAGCCCUGAUCCCAGGGCCUGGCUGCCAGCUUCUGCCUGGGCCAGCCAAGAGGGCCAACAGCUGGCCUCUCGGCUUCUGAGCUGACCAGGAACAAUGUGUCAGGAUCAUGGAGCCCCUUAGAGGCCUCACUUGGGAGAGAUGGGGGCCCUGCCAGCUCAUGCCCAUGGCAGGCUGCUUGGCAUGGCCACCAGUGCUGGGUGGCAUGGACUUAGGUCACCUUCUCCUCUGCUGGACGCUGACCUGGUCUGCCCAGUGUCCACAGGCCUGCCCUUCCCUGAGCAUCAGUGGCUGGAGGGGUGUUCUCAGCAGGGCUAGGGGAGAGUCCGGGGUAGGUUGCCGGUUAAAUUUAGAAUGUGUUGUGGUGCAGCUGCCCAAGGUUCACUUGUCACCACAGCUGCCACUUGGACCCUGCUGCCAGGGGGCGGGUGAGGGCUGGCUCCGCCUGGGGCUGGGCCCAUAUUAACCUGUGCUCCGGCCUGGGGGCCAGCAGGGCAGGCCUGCGCUCUGGGAGGCAGAGGUGGCAGAGGUGGCGGCGGAGCCAGAGGCGCAAGGUGAGAGGCCAGCCACCUGGGGCUCUGUGGUUCCUCUCCAACCAGUGGGAGUAGGAGCUGCAGCCAAGGCUCCCCUCAGGCCUGACCAGAUGCCCACAGCCCAGCUCAGCUGAGGGCCGGCUCCCUGACCCUCAGCACGGUCAGAUACCGGCGCUGGGGCGGCCACCCUAGGCACGGCCUAUCAGCUCCCUGCAGGGCCUGUGGAGGUGGGGCCUGAGGGCUUAUCACGGCUCACGUCCCUCUCUCCACCAAUCAGGAGCAACAGGGAAGGGGAGCUUAGGUCACCCUGCCUGCGGUGUGGCCCCAAGGGCAGCCCCAGGCUGGUGCAGGUUUGGAGAAAGGGCAGGACAGCAGCGUCCCAGAGCAGCUGAGGUGUCCAAGGGCCCUGGGAAAGCCCGGAGUUCCCCUGUCCCCUCCCCCAACACCCUGACCCAGAGAUUCCAGCCUUGCAGCCCUGAUGGGGGACCAAGGUCUAACCACAGGGCUCUUAUGGCCUCUAAGCCACAGUCCUCAGCACAAGACGGCAGAUGGAACCCCACAAGUCUGACCACCUCACUCCCCUCCCCCGACAGCCCCAGGAUUCCUGUGGCCUGGCUCAGUUACCUGGGAGACAGGCCGGCCAGCCUCAGCAAAGAUGGGGGGUCCGAGAGGGCUGGGCCUAGGUUGAGCCCUCCUAGGGUAAAUCUCCAGGGGCCCCAGGCUUCCUUCUCCCCUCAAGGUUCAGCCCUACCCAGCUCUGCCAUCCCCUCAGGGUGCUCAGCUCCGCUCCCCUCCCCUCCCCUCCCCUCCCCUCCCCCAGGCCCAGGCCCUCAGAGCUUGAACCUUCCGUCUGUCCCUACCCCCUAUGUGGGUCUCCUGCUCCCCUGUCAUGGGGACACUGGGCGGGCACUGGGCCUCACCCCAAGCCCCGCCUGCCUUCUCACCCACUCCCUGUGGCUCCCUGGGGCAGAACUGUGCCCAGACAAGUGAGGCGGGGCCUGGUAGCCCCAUAUCCUUCUGCAGCCUUCUCUGUCCCUUUCAGUAGGGUCAGGAGGCUGCAGUGCAGAGGGUGCUCUCUUGCCUUAAGCCCCCCCCCUUCCCAGGCUCCCCGUUUCCCAGCCCUGGUCUGCCAGCCUGGACCUGGCUUCUCUUAUUCCCAUUUCUGGAUCUUGCUGCCUCCUGAGCCUCCUCCCUGCCUGGUCUGAGCUGUGUCAUGGCCUCAGGAGCAGGUGACCACAGCCAGGCUGCAAUGAACGUACUGAGGGAGAAGGUGCUGACGCUGGACACCGUGAACCCGUGUGUCCGGAGGGUGGAGUACGCCGUGCGAGGCCCCAUCGUCCUGCGUGCGCUGGAGCUGGAGGCGGAGCUGCGCCAGGGUGUAAAGAAGCCCUUCACUGAGGUCAUCCGGGCCAACGUCGGGGAUGCACAGGCCAUGGGGCAGAAGCCUAUCACCUUCCUGCGCCAGGUCCUGGCCCUCUGCAUCCACCCUGAUCUCCUGAACAGCCCAGACUUCCCCGAGGAUGCCAAGAGAAGGGCAGAGCGCAUCUUACAGGCCUGCGGGGGCCACAGCCUGGGGGCCUACAGCAUCAGCUCAGGCAUCCAGCUGAUCCGUGAGGAUGUGGCGCAGUACAUUGAGCGGCGCGACGGAGGCAUUCCCGCCGACCCCAAUAACAUCUUCCUGUCCACGGGAGCCACCGACGCCAUCAUGACGGUGCUGGAGUUGCUGGUGACCGGUGAGGGUCGCACGCGCACGGGUGUGCUCAUCCCCAUCCCUCAGUAUCCACUCUACUCCGCCGCACUGGCCGAGCUCAACGCCGUGCAGGUGGACUACUACCUGGACGAGGAGCGCGCCUGGGCGGUCGAUGUGGCCGAGCUGCGGCGAGCGCUGCGCCAGGCGCGUGACCACUGCCGCCCCCGCGCGCUCUGUGUCAUCAACCCCGGCAAUCCCACAGGGCAUGUGCAGACCCGCGAGUGCAUCGAGGACAUGAUCCGCUUCGCCUUCGAGGAGAGGCUGUUCCUGUUGGCUGAUGAGGUGUACCAGGACAACGUGUACGCCGAGGGCUCGCAGUUCCACUCGUUCAAGAAGGUGCUCAUGGAGAUGGGGCCGCCAUACGCGGCGCAGCAGGAGCUCGCCUCCUUCCACUCGAUCUCCAAGGGCUACAUGGGCGAGUGCGGCUUCCGUGGCGGCUACGUGGAGGUGGUGAACAUGGACGCCAUGGUGAAGCAGCAGCUGCUGAAACUGAGAAGCGUGCGGCUGUGCCCGACCAUGCCCGGCCAGGUCCUGCUCGACAUGGUGGUCAGCCCGCCCGCGCCUUCUGACCCCUCCUUCACGCAGUUCCAGGCUGAGAGGCGAGCGGUGCUGGCUGAGCUGGCAGCCAAGGCCAAGCUCACGGAGCAGGUCUUCAACCAGGCUCCCGGCAUCCGCUGCAACCCGGUGCAGGGCGCCAUGUACUCCUUCCCGCGCGUGCAGCUGCCCCCCCGCGCGGUGAGGCGCGCUCAGGAGCUCGGCCUGGCUCCUGACAUGUUCUUCUGCCAGCGCCUUCUGGAGGAGACUGGCAUCUGCGUGGUGCCUGGGAGCGGCUUCGGGCAGAGGGAAGGCACCUACCACUUCCGGAUGACCAUUCUGCCCCCCAUGGAGAAGCUGCGGCCCCUGCUGGAGAAGCUGAAGCAGUUCCACGCCAGGUUCACCCACGAGUUCUCCUGAGGAUGCCGCUGGGGGCCAGGCUGGGCCGGCAGGGACGACCCUGGACUGACAGUGCUCAGGAUUCUGAGGGGUCUCUGGAGUCCUCUGGAUUUGCUCCUGCUGCCUGUGGGGCUGGGCCCCUGCCCCUCUGCACGCCCCUAAUAAAGCUACCAGACAGCCUGA